AUGGAUCACGAAGACGAAGCACAAGAAUUGUCAGCAGAGGGCGUAAAAGAACGUGAAAGGGUUGAAAAGUCCCAAGGAAAAUCUCGAGAAGAGGAUAUGGUGCACGAGGAAGGUGAUGAAGAGACAAUUACCCAUAAGCACUUUUGGAUCACCGGGCUGCCAGACCUAGAAGAUGCUGAAUUCAGGAAAUUCACUCAUCGAACCUCAAAUGAUGAAACCCAUGAUUCCUCAUUUUAUGAACCAGGGGACGAACAAUGCAGUAUGUGGGAGUCAAAUCCCGACCAUGAAUGCUACUCAUCAUUUGGAGAUGGAAGAACGACAGCAACAGUGAAUGCAUGUGGGCAACUCAUGCAAUUCAGCACUUAUCUUGGCCUGGGAAAAUCUGGCAUGUUUUGUGUAGACCAUGCAACUUUAUCUGAGCCCUACUUCGGUUCUACCAGAGCGGAUGACUUAAAUAACAUGUCCCGAGCCCGCAAUCGAGAUAAAAUGACGUACGGUGUCUGGAUUUGGCUGCAUGAGUUAAUGGAUGAUAGCCUGGUAGCUUCUAAUAUUGAAGCUGAAAAAAUCGAUAAUUCGAUUGGAGUGAUCGUGUCUGUAUUUAUUGACGGCGUUGCCAUUAAAUUCGGCUCGGAUGAGGAAUGGAAUUUAACCAUUGAAAGUAACCAGACUACAGAGGUUGUUGUUGCAUACAAGUUGAUAUAUUCAACAGCAGAAGUUUCGAAGGACUGGAAACAAUUCUUGGUGAAGGCAGAUAAGGCGAAUGUCAGUAGAUUGUUAUCGAAUGAGUUUGAUUUAACACAAUAUCGUUCAUUAUCACUUUUCAGCGUCGGGGAGUUCAUAUCCGAUGUCUCUCCUAAGGAAUCUACGGCGUGGGAUGCACUCAAGAGUAAUUUUGACUUCAUCUUCCAACGGCAUUUGGAACAUCUUCUCACUGUCUGUGCGAUUCCCGUUACCUCGUGUCAAGGUAGCAUUAACACGCCUGUUGUAGCCUUAACGUGUGGAGAUAUAUCUACUCAUCGGUUCUGUGUCUCAGCUAGUCUCUUUGCGUUUUUGUUCCUUCUCCAAGUGGACUCUCAUCUACGAUCAAUCGAGUCACCUGACGAAAUAUACGUUUUAUCACUUCGAGAGAGAAUAAAAAAAGUAUGUGAAGGACAUUUGAUGUGGGUAAACAGUGUAGCUUUGUCAAAAGAUGGACUUUUUGAGUUUGAAUACAUGGUCAAUGGGAGAUUACCGGUCUACAGACGAAUGGUCCAACCUAAGCCAUCAAAGACCCUUCUUAAAAACACAGCAUUUCAGAUCAUAAAAGCAGGAAAAUUCGCCAAUCGUUACAGUAAAGACUCCUCCAAGAACGAGUGGCAACUUGCUCGUAAGGUCGUCAAGCGGCGAGAAGUUGUACAACGAUUCACCGUCCACAAUCAAAAUUAUCAGUCCAUCAAGAGAAUGCUAGCAGUUACGAGAUCCAUGCAGGAAUCCAGAUUCUUGUUUCAUGCGCGGGAUACCGCGCUCUUCUAUAACAUCGACCGAAUGGAAUGGAAAGGGACGCAAUUUAUUGAGCUGUUGAAAAAUACCAUUGACUCGCAACCACAUCAUGUAGAUAAUGGAGACCCUAGCUGGGACAAUACACUUCGCUAUGCUCUAGCUAUACUUAUUGGUACUUACGUAUACAAAAUUAAUGCAGAGCCUUCAUUUGAAUUGGUCGAAUCAUCUAUCGAGGUCCUUUUCGGAAGUUUUAGUUCCAAUGGGUUUGUCUCGGGGCGGAUCGAUAAGAACACGAAGGAGCAGGUUUUAUUCGAAGACGAAAAUUACGAAGACUCCUAUUAUCGCGCUAGUUUUAAGAUACCAUAUAUUCUUUUUCAAUACGCUACCAUAAUUUACAAACUUAUUCUGUUCCAGCUCACCCCAUCGCCAGCGGCAAUGAGAGACUUGGAUGACAAAUAUAAAGAGCGCUUGAACUUGCUAACAAAUCCGCCACAUUCUGUUGGGCCCAUGAAGCUCUUAAUCAACAAGCUCAAGGCACGACGAGAGAAUUGGGAAAACAACUGGAUAAGAGAGCAGCAAGCGAUAAAGGAAAAUGCACCUGAGGAGAGUGAUGUAGAGAGUGUUUGGUACAACAUAGAGGUUCCUGCACCUUCGCAGUCUUCUUAG